UAUUCAGAAUUUAAAAAAUGCCAAAUGCUAUCUUGCCGACUUAACAAUCUGUUUUUUUGACAGCACAAGAACGUCUUGACCCACGUGUUUUCCCCAGGUUCUCCUGAAAAAUGGUGUUUUAUUUCGAGAGUGACGUGGUACAGCCACCGGUGACUUUAUUCAUGGGAAUCGACAAACACGAGAAUGAGGAUUUGAUAAAAUGGGGAUGGCCUGAGGACGUCUGGUUUCACGUCGACAAGUUCUCGUCGGCUCAUGUUUACCUGCGACUCCGUCCAGGUCAGACAAUCGAUGACAUUCCAGGAUCAGUCCUGGAGGACGCAGCCCAACUGGUGAAAGCCAACAGCAUCGAGGGAAACAAAGUAAACGACGUGGACGUCGUCUACACGAUGUGGGCAAAUCUGAAGAAGACUCAGGGUAUGGAAGUGGGUCAAGUUGGUUUUCACAAGGAGAAGGAAGUGCGUAAAAUUCACGUGUCAAAACGGAUUAACGCUGUAGUGAAUCGUUUGAACAAGACCAAGAGAUCUGCCGAGCCGAAUUUUAGACUUGAAAAGGAGGACAGAGACAGACGUGAACGUGAGGACAAGAAAAAAUUACUGCGACUCCAGAAGGAGCAGGAGAAGGCGGAGGUGAAGAGACGAGAGGAAGAAGCUGAAAUAAAGAAUUACUCUUCUCUAUUCCAAGAGAGUAAAAUGACGACGAACACAGAGGCAUCGGGCUAUGACUCAGACGACUUCAUGUGAUGUCACCUGGUGAAUAAAUCCGGAAUAAAUGAUUAAUUUUUGGUUGAAAAUUCAGCCCAGAAUCACGACAGCUCGACGUUGACAGCUCUGAGAGAACUGACAAUCCA